GAGCUACUUGAAGCCGGAUGACGCCCCCAUUAGCACAAAUUGGCCAAUAGGAGGAGAGAGGCAGACUUGUCCUCCUGGCCGCCAUUAAAGAAUUCCAUCCAUGAGCUGAAAUAAUGGAAAUCUGCUGAAGCCAUGGAUCCCAAGCACGGGGGGGAGAGACGCCGAUGAGUAGCCUCGACGAUUUGGCAUUUUGUACCUUCUCGGUGUGGUUUUAUUGUAUCGGAGCAUCAUGGUGUUUUUUUAAGUGAAACCGGGGGGGCGGUGUAGCUAAUUGUUUUAUGUAGUCAGCAGGCUAGCUUUGGACCGCUGGUAUGUUAGCUUGUCUGCUAGCAGGCUAGCAGAGAGAUCAGGGGGAGGGGAGAGAGUUCCAUUGCCUUGAAAUUGUUUCAGAUCGGCUAGUAGCUAUUAGCAUUAGCGCAUCAGGGUCUACGCAUUUGCGGUGUGUGUGAAGUUUUCUUUUAGUUUUACAGCUCGUAUUCGGACUACGAUUAUCACUCAAACCGCUAGUCGAUCCAUGCCAUGUUAACUUUGCUAUUUCAUUUUAGGUAAUGUAGCCGCCAGCUAACCCGAUCAGACAAUACAUUUCAAGUCGGGUUGAUGAAUCGUAUAGCUCAAUGCUUAUCGUUACAGUCGAUGCUCUCUGGCCGCUUACUUAACGUUGGCUUGGCUUGCAGGCUAGCGCCGGCUGGAAGUUGUUUGCCCGACUAGCGGAGGCUAGUCGUAGCAGCUAGCAAGUAAACGAGGGGUAGCUACAACUAGAACGGCGACUCUCCGGCUUAAGAGCUAAACCCGAGCAGUUAUUGUCCGACGAUGGAUUCGAACGUUGCAAGGACGAAGUGAAAAAGGAUGAGUUCGUGCUUUGUACCAAACGGGGCCAGCUUGGAGGACUGCCACUCCAACCUCUUCUGCCUGGCUGAUUUGAGCGGGAUAAAAUGGCGACGAUUUGUGUGGCAAGGACCCACCUCGUCGCCCAUCCUCUUCCCUGUGACCGAAGAGGACCCGAUCUUGUGUAGCUUCAGCCGGUGCAUGGCGGCAGACGUGCUGAGCGUGUGGAGAAGGCACCACACGCCGGGUCGCAGGGAGCUCUGGCUUUUCUGGUGGGGCGAUGACCCCAGUUUCGCCGAGCUCAUCCACAAUGAGCUCUCAAGCGAGGAGGACGGCGAGUGGGAGAGUGGCCUGUCCUACGAGUGUCGUACGCUUCUCUUCAAAGCCAUCCACAACCUGCUGGAGCGCUGCCUCAUGACCCGCGGCUUCGUACGCAUCGGCAAGUGGUUCGUGAAGCCUUAUCAGAAGGAGGAGAAAGUCAUCAACAAAAGCGAGCACUUGUCCUGCGCAUUCACAUUCUUCGUGCACGGAGACAGCAACGUGUGCACGAGCGUGGAGAUUGCGCAACACCAGCCACUGCAACGCCUCAGUGAGGAGCACCUGAGCCUCGCCCAGCAGACCUCAAGCCCCUUGCACGUCAUCCUGAGCCCCUACGGUUUGAACGGGACCCUCACAGGCCAGGGCUUUAAGAUGUCAGACCACCCAACUCAGAAGCUCAUUGAAGAAUGGAGGCAGUUUUAUCCCAUCAGCCCCAAUCCCAAGGAGUUCCAGGAGGAAAAGACGGAGGACGGCGACUGGGAGGACGAUUCCCUGGCAGCUGUUGAGGUCCUCGUCGCGGGAGUGAGGAUGGUUUACCCUUCCUGCUUGGUACUCUUCCCCCUGGCAGACCUACCCGCAGUAGUCCCUCAGGGCUCCUCCAACACCUCAGGAAGCAUGUGUGGUGCUCAGCUGGGCCAGGUCGCUCACAGAGACGCCGCCAUGUCUUCUGUCAUACUGACUCCACCAACGUCACCGGAGGAAGCUCAGACUGAUUAUCAGCCAGCACAGAGGUGGCAUAAACUCUCCGCUGCGUCCGAUGGCUACAGUUCCAAUAACACUCUUCAUGGGGGGAAAAUCCCCCGCAGGCUUGCCAGCCACAUGGUGGAGUCCGUUUGGCAGGAGUAUAACAUCAACCGCACAGGGAACAAGAGGAAGUUUACAACCUUGACCAAUGGGACCUGUGAGGAGGAGUCUGAGAAAUCAGGACUCUGGGAUUUUGUGGAGCCUGUCCACAGGCUACAUUGCAAUUGCUCAAGACAUAAGAAUCAGAAACUGCGACCCAGCAACACCUCAGGACAUCCGCCUUCAUCGGGCCAGCCCGCCCCAGCGGCCCCAAAGCACAAGCUGGCCGAGAAGCUGGAGAAAGGGGAGAAGCAGCAGAAGAGGCCGCAGACGCCUUUUCACCAUCGCAACUCCGUGAGCGACGAGCAGCCGUUGGAGCCUCAGACCCAGAGGCUUUGUCUGCGGGCGCAGGAGGAGGGUUCCUACCCCAGCCUGCACCACGUGGACACGACGGCACCCCCCAAAGCGCCCACGUUGCACACCCACGCUCCCCCCGCAGACCUCGUGGGAUCUCCGCCACCGCCGCCUCUCAGCCCGCAUCCAUGUGACCACAUGGAGGGGGAACUGACUCCGGUUGGCAUGAAGAACUCCUCCACGCCCAUUCACCAACCCUUCUACCCGCCUUCAGUGGAGCCAUGCCUGCUGCCUCAGAAGAGCUCGUCUGAGGAGCCCCCACCGCAAAACCUGCCCGUGCCUGUUCCCUUCCCCCCGCCCUUCAACGAAACCAUGGAACCCUCUGUCUUUCUUGGUUCAGCCAUUAACCCCAAUGAAGACUCCGGCCAUAACCCCUGGAAGUAUUUCAACCUGCCGAGAAGGAAGGCGUCCAACUUUUACACACCUCAGCUACCUGUGGAUAAACUUCGAGAAGACUCUGGGGGUGGAGGCGGAGCAGAGAGCAUCGUGUCUGUUACAGAGUUGAUGUCGGACUCCAUGCAGCCUCUGAAAGUGUCCCAGGAUCUGGUGAAGACCUACGCACAGCGGAGGAACACCUACCUGUCUUGCACCGUGGCAGACAACGAACACGGCGACGAGCAAGACCCUUACGCCUUCAACGAGGGGGACGAAGAGUUCAGUUUUACAGAGAAGAGGGACAAGUCAGGAUCCGAGAGGGAUGGGAGCAAGAAACAUAAGUUGGAUGAUGGCUCCGGGAAUUCAGCUGAUGAAGGUCAAGGUCCAUCAGGUAGCAAGCCAUCAGCAUCGACCAGCCUCAUCCAUGAGAACGACUUGGCCGUGUCCUACAGCGACUUGGAUAAAAUCUUCAAUUCCGAUGAGGAUGAGUUGGCGCCUGGAACCAAAAGAGCAGGAGUGGGUGUGGAUGACAAAUUUGUCUCUAAAGAAACAAAACCGACCUCUUUGGACCCCUUGUCUUGUAUAAGUACGGCAGAUCUGCACAAGAUGUUUCCCACCCCGCCCUCUCUGGAGCAGCAAGGAUACUCCCCCAUGAACUCUGGCAGUAAGGACAGCCUGGAAGCGGGGACGGGCCUCAUCCUGUUGGAUGGCAGCCAGCUAAACAACCACUUCAAGAUGGAGGUGGAGGAAGGUUUUUGCAGCCCGAAGCCAUCUGAAGUCAAGGACUUUUCCUUUGUGUACAAGCCAGAGACGAGUCAGCCGUUCAUUGGCUGUUCCAUGUACGCCCCCCUGAAGACGUUGCCCAGCCAGUGUCUGUUGCCUAUUAAACUGCCAGAACACAAGUGUGUGUAUAUGCGCAGCUGGGCCAUCGGUAAAAUGGAUCUGAUGCCGCCAGUGGUGAACAAAGACAGUAACAUCCCGAGUGUGGAACCAGAGGACAUCCAGACCCACACCCCUCAGACCCACACGCCCUUCAUGUCCAGCAGUGCCCCUCCCAGCAACAGCGGCACAGGUAUCCUCCCUUCCCCGGCCACGCCCCGUUUCUCGGUGCCCACGCCUCGCACUCCGCGGACUCCCCGCGGCCCGUCCAGUGCCCAGGGCUCGCUCAAAUACGAUAACUCUGACCUCUACUCCCCCGCCUCCACUUCUUCCACCUGCCGACCACUGAGCUCCGUGGAGCCUGCCACCGUCCCCUCCAUCCCGGAGGCCCAUAGCCUCUACGUCACGCUCAUCCUCUCCGAGUCAGUCAUGAACCUCUUCAAAGACUGCAACUUCGACAGCUGCUGCGUGUGCGUCUGCAACAUGAACAUCCGAGGAGCGGACGUGGGCGUGUACCUGAAGGACAACGGCGAAGCCCAAUACCCCUGCACCUGUGGCUUCAGUGCUGUCGCCAAUCGCCGCUUCGGCCAGUCUGCUGGCCUCUUUUUGGAGGACGAGCUUGACGUAGUCGGACGGGGCUCAGAUGCUAGCCGGGACACGGAGCGCUGCUUUGAAGAGCUGCGAACACCCGCUAAACACAAGUCCGGCAGCCUGAAGGAGAAGCCUCCAGAUGAGCUCAUCCUACUUCUGCAGGACCAGUGCACCAACCCGUUUGCCCCCAUGGCGGGUGUUGACUACCCCAAAAUGAGCUCUGCCCCCAGCUCCUUCUUAAGGGUGGAGGAGAGAGACUGUUAUAAUGACUGCUACAUGGCGCUGGAGCAUGGCAGGCAGUUCAUGGACAAUAUGUCUGGAGGAAAAGUGGAUGAAACACUAGUGAAAAGCACCUGUCUUCAUCAGUGGCCCAAAUGCAAAUCAGCAGACAUGAACAAGCUGUUCUCCCAGGACGUACUGCGGGUGUUGUUGUCCCUCCAGCCUGUCUUGCAGGAUGCUAUUCAGAAGAAGAGAAGUGUGCGUUCCUGGGGGGUGCAGGGACCCCUCACCUGGCAGCAGUUCCAUAAAAUGGCAGGAAGAGGGUCUUACGGUACAGACGAGUCACCUGAGCCGCUGCCCAUUCCUACAUUUUUGGUGGGCUACGAGUACGAUUUUGUGGUACUGUCCCCGUUUGGCUUGCCCUACUGGGAAAAGCUGCUCUUGGAUCCCUUCGGUUCUCAGAGAGACGUCGGCUUUGUCGUCAUCUGCCCAGAAAGCGAAACCUUACUGUGUCGAGCCAAGACUUUCUUCAAAGAUUUGAGUGCUAUGUAUGAGGCAUGCCAGCUUGGGCAGCACAGGCCCAUCUGCAAAGCUCACCCUGAGGGCAUCCUGAAGGUGGGCAGCACAGAAGGCCGCAGCAUGUCCCAGCAACCCCUCAGUGACUGGUUUCUAAAGAUGGCCGCCAGAGACUCAAACAACGAGGCCUUUAAUAAACUGAAGCUCUUUGCUCAAGUGUGCCGCUAUGAUCUAGCUCCCUACCUGUCGGAACAACAUUUGGAUGGCUCACUACUCACCCAGCGCAACCCUCCGGUGGUGCCCUCUCAGAACGCCACCUCAUCCGGCGUCUCCUCUGGACAACCGAGCACCAACACUACUGGGACUACCCAGCCCCCUCAGAUCAGCAGUGCUGCGCCAACUUCCUCCUCGGGCUCUAAUGCUAUGGGAGGGAUGGCGUCAUCCAAGUCGGGGGGGUCCUAUCCCCAGUUUGGCGGCGCUGUGUUGCAGGGUUGUGCGUCCCAUAACGGUCCCCAAUCGAACCAGCAGGGACCCGGUGCGGAAAAUGGCAGCGCUGCUCAAAGUUCGAGUGAGGCACCAGAGAGCACGAUGGACAGAGACAAAGUAGGCAAGCCGACAGAUGGAGAGUCCCACGGCGUAUCCUACCCGCCUGCCAUCGUGGUGUAUAUCGUUGACCCCUUCAGCUACACGGACACCGACCGCGAAGUCCACUCCAGCGCCUACACACUGGGCCUCUUACGCUGCUACAUGGAGAUGCUCCAGUUCCUUCCCGCUCGCAUCAGAAAUGCAGUCUCUGUGCAGAUCGUUCCGUGCCAGUAUCUCCUGCAGCCGGUGCACAGCGGCGAACGGCACCUCUACAGCCAGCACCUCAAAUCGCUCGCCUUCUCCGUUUUCACCCAGUGUCGGCGUCCCCUGCCCAACUCCACCAACUUCAAGGCUCUGACUGGCUUUGGCCCCGGCCUUGCCAUAGACAUGGCGCUAAAAAACCCAGAGAGGCCCGAGUGUCUGCGCCUCUACACGCCACCUUUCAUUCUGGCUCCGGUGAAAGAUAAGCAGACCGAGCUGGGUGAGACGUUCGGGGAAGCGUCCCAGAAAUACAACAUCCUGUUUGUGGGCUACUGUCUGUCUCAUGACCAGCGCUGGCUGCUGGCUUCCUGCACAGACCAGCACGGCGAGUUGCUGGAAAGCUGCAUUAUCAGCAUCGACGUACCCAACAGGGCUCGUAGGAAAAUGGGCUCCGCCCGGCGACUGGGUCUGCAGAAGCUAUGGGAUUGGUGUCUGGGUCUGGUGCAGGUGACAUCACUGCCAUGGAGGGUGGUGAUAGGGCGACUGGGGAGGAUGGGUCACGGCGAGCUGAGAGACUGGAGUAUACUGCUGAGCAGGAGGAACCUCCAAUCCCUCAGCAAGCGUCUGAAGGAGACGUGUAGAAUGUGCGGCAUCUCUGCGGCUGACACUCCCAGCAUCCUUAGCGCCUGUCUGGUCGCCAUGGAGCCCCAGGGUUCCUUUGUCGUCAUGCCAGAUUCUGUGUCAACUGGCUCCGUGUUCGGCCGCAGCACCACGCUCAACAUGCAGACGUCACAGCUGAGCACACCUCAGGACACGUCGUGCACGCACAUCCUGGUGUUCCCCACCUCUGCCAUGGUACAGGUCAACACCAGCACGACGGAACCCAUCGACAUCAACUUUAACCCCAUAAAUCCCGACGGUUCUGACGGAAUGGGCAUCUUUGAUCUGUUUGAUAAUGACAUGGAUCCUGAACUCAUCAACAUCCUGCCUAACUCGCCCACCACGUCACCUGUUCACUCCCCGGGCUCGCACUACCACCAGAGUGGCGAUGGAAGCAAGGGUCAAAGCACAGAUCGCAUGGAGUCGCACGAGGAGGCCCUGAACAUCCUGCAGCAACCCAUGGCUCUGGGCUACUUUGUGUCCACGGCCAAGGCAGGCCCGCUGCCCGACUGGUUCUGGUCGGCUUGUCCUCAAGCUCAGAACCAGUGUCCGCUCUUCCUCAAGGCUUCUCUGCACCUGCACGUGUCCUCUGUCCAAUCAGACGAGCUCUUGCACAGUAAACACUCCCACCCCCUCGACUCCAACCACACCUCCGACGUGCUCAGAUUUGUUCUGGAGCAGUACAACGCCCUCUCCUGGCUGACAUGCGACCCUGCCACUCAGGACCGACGCUCCUGUCUGCCGGUUCACUUCGUGGUGCUCACUCAGAUCUACAACUUCAUCAUGAACAUGCUCUGAGCCUGACUGUUCCGGUCCAGGACAGGACCCUCCCAUCAGGGCAAGGAGGAAGCAACCCCUUCUCCUCCUCCUACUCUUCCUCCUCCUCCUAUGGCAUCUCUCAAAUGACAAUGAGCCACUGCAAGUGUCCAAUCCGAUGCCAAGAAUCCAUUUCAGCAUUUUGGAUGAUCAAGGGAGGUUUCCUAAAGGAGAAUAAAUGGUGUUUUUAAUGACUGUAGAUUGCAAUCGAUGAAAUUUAUCCUAAUGAAAUGCCUGCAUAUAUUAUUUAUUGUAAGUUUUUAAAUGUGGAAUUUUUAAUGCUUAAUAUCUUUUAUAUAUUCAAAUCCUAGCGAGUGUGUACUGUAAAGGAACUGCUUUAAAAAAAAAAAGUGUCCCUUCCUCACUGACACCGCAGAGGAAGGUGCCUACGUGAACUCGCUUUAGAAGGCUUUUAGAAUCUUAUUUUUUCAAGGAAAGGAUACACCUUUUUAUCGCCAUGACGCUGUAAAGAUGAAGGCGGUGCCCCGCAAGCGGCUCGCAGUUGAACUCGACGAGCUCUGAAGAGGAAUUCAGAAGGUACAUUGUCAGAUGAUAUAUUUUAUAUAACAGAUUUAGGUAAUUGUGCGUGUGUAUAUGUGUACAUAUAAUUGUGUGCCGCUACUGAUGGUGCAGCUUCUGUUUUAGGAAUAAAGUGCGUCUACCUGA